AUGAAAAAGUUCUUUUCUUCAAUUAAAAAUGCAACAACUCAGCUUGCAAAAGGACUUUUUUCUUCUAAAGAAGAGACACAAUAACAAGAAAAUAAAUAAGAGAUGACUCCUGAGGAAUCAAAAUAAUAAUGUAAAAUUACUAUUUAGAAAAUAGAUGAUGAUUAUAUUAAAAGUUAUUUAGAUUCUGAUAAGGAAUUGAAAGCUAAAAUUUUGACAGAUCGAUAAUGCUUUAAUAUGGCAGUGCUUGAUUUAUGCUGGAAAAAAAUAUUAGAAAUAAAAAAUCUAUAUGCUAAUGAAAGGAGAAUUAAUUUCUAACCUAAAUUUGUUAUUUUGGAAUAAUAGCAUUGGGAGAGGAUUGUAAUUCAAGUUGCUGAGUUAAUUUAAUCUUAUUACAAUAUUUAAAUUUACUAUGAUAGAUAAGAAUUAAUAAGAAUAAUCAAAUAAAAGGUUUUGGAGGAAUAAUGUAUAAAGAUUUUGUUUAGUAAAGAAGAAAUGAAAGACUAUUUUUAGUUUUUUGAAAAAUCAGAUAUAUAUCUUAAUUAAUUGAAAUAAUAAUUCCCUCAAAUAGCAUAUGAAUAUACUGAAUCCUAAAUAAAAGAAAUAUCAAAGCAAUACAUAGUUGACCAGGCAUUUGAAUUAUACAAAUUUGAUGACUGCGAUGAAUUCAAGGGAGUUAAACUAUUUCAUGAUGAUGAAGAAGUUUUAAGAUGGUUUCAGAGAAAAUAAGCCAUAUCAAAUUGA